AUGGUAAAUCGACUACGUCCACCAACCACACCACCAAUUCAAAGCAUUCUUGUUAAUUUGAAUGGUAUUCGUGAAGUUUCAUCACCUGAUUUGCCGAUGUCAGACUGUGAUGAUUCUACGAGAAGAAUUCGAGCAUCAGGAGCGGCGGGCUCGUUCCUAACAUGCUGCGAAUGGGGAAUGCUGGCGGCAAUUGUAUUAUUGUCAGUUGGUCUUGCCGUAGCGAUUUUCUUACUCUUCACUUGGCCACGAAGCCAAAUGAAUGAUUCGGAUGUUGCCAAUACUUGUAAUGGGUCAUCUGCCAAUACUACUUCAACUACUAGCCAACUACCAGCACCAGUACAAAAACUACCAGCACGAGUACAAAAACUACCAGCACGAGUACAACAACUACCAGCACGAGUACAACAACUACCAGCACGAGUACAACAACUACCAGCACCAGUACAACAAGUACCACCACAACGACUGCAGCUACUAUUACGAUUACCUACAACACGUGUACAUCAGGGUGGAAAAUAUGCAUAUACUUAUUUAGCAAUUGCAAAUACAACACGAAUUACGUUUGCUCUCCAAGAAGAUCAAUAUUUUUAUGCCCUUGAUGACGUAACUGUAUGCGACACUGCAUCACCUAGCAUUCAGCUACUUACCAAUGGUGACUUCGAAACAGGCAGUAUAGUGCCAUGGGCAUAUUGCAAUCCAAGCGGGUCACAAUAUUCUGGUCAGGUGGAAACAGGGCCCACUACUGUGUAUGGUUAUCCGUAUGUGGCUUACUCUGGUACGAAUUUCUAUUUAGAUGGGGCUAUUGGCGCGCCCGAUUAUCUCAGUCAAACAUUUUCGACAACUAUUGGUCAUACAUACAGUAUAUCCUUUUGGUUAUACAAUGCAAACGGAGGGACAGUAUAUAGCGUUGAUGUUUUAAUGAGCAUCUGA